AAAAUAAAUAAUUAAAAACUGAAAAUUCAUAUUUGUCAGUUUUUGGCCAAUCACAAUAUGCGGACCGGAUCGAUUACGAUUUAUCGCAACUACACCUCAUCAAAUACUUUGUAGUGAAAUACUUCAUGGCCCUAAAAGUUCCUGAGUUGGAGAAAAUCGCACCGGCGAAUGUUAAUCCGCCUUACUUUUUUCCGACCCAACAUCUGACCGAAUACCAGAAGCAGAACACCGGCACUCCCGCCCACACACCGGUUCCUGUUCCCAAACCUGGCCCACCCGCAUCUGAAUCGGUCGAUACUGUUGACAUACGGAAGACUGAAUUAGCCGAGGUUAGACUUCUCCAAGUUAUAUAUGGUGACGUUGUCGACUAUGGACCGCCUAAGAUACUAAUGCUAAUCUCUUCGGACGCUGAGUUCGCUACACCACUCUUGGAAUUGAAAAAUAAAGGGUUUUCUAUUUUGCUCGCCGAUAAUGAGGUGUCUUGGAAUGAUACUACACCACUGAGAAGAUCUACUCAUGCUGGGUGGGUUUUCAGCGAAUUACUCGAGGGAGGAAGCUGCAGGUAUUGCCACGAAGUGGGCCAGGGAUCCAAAGAUCGUUACGAGGAAAAAUAA